GCCUAGUUGUCCCUCUCCUAGAAACGAAGACGAGAUUAUAGCUUUGAAAGCAUCCUGCGAGCCUCAUACUUUGGUACUAUUGUCUCAGCAUGUAGCAAGCUCUAAUUCUGGAUAUCCUCUCGCCUCCUGUUUUGCAGAACUAGCUGUCACGCUGUCAACCUCAGUUGCACCCCUACGAGGCGCGGAUUCUCUAUCGCCGGCCGCUCGACUUCUUUCGCAUUAGGUCCUUCUGCUAUGAUGGCUGAAUCAAGGGAAGAGGAGGGGCGCCCCCGGGGAAGUCUUGAAUUCGUUGAGAGUUCUGUACUAUAUACGAUUAUCCCCUUAGCAAGUGAUCUCGACAUUGAAGAGGCAUUGAAUAGGUCUGCCGAAGACCUUCAUGGUGGACACGAUUCUCCCUUCGCUGCUAUCCCACAAAGGCAGACGCUCUUUUUUGAUGAAACCGUCGACGUCUACGUUGUACUACAAACCCCCUAUUUCGACGAGAGGGCAUUACGAUCAUAUCUUGGGAGGCUUGUCAUAAAUCUUGAGGCGCAGGUCGUCAAUGCCCCAACGGAAAACCAUGAAGGUCCGUUGGGACAAGAACUCGUAUACCAUGGCUCUGUUCAGGACAGUGAAGACCCGUUGAUCAUCGUUCAAGGACAUGAUGAGACCGAAAACAAGCUUGGAGAGGGUCAUAUACUUAUAGCAUGGAAACUAUCGGCAUUCCUCGUCAGACCUCGACUUCGUCUUCAAAAUCCAUCAGUUGUCUUCUCUGCGACGGCAGGUCUUAAAGCUGCUGAACAGGUACAAACUGAAGUUUUAAGAGAUGAAUAUCUUCCGAGCCAAGUUCCAGCCGGCAUGAAUCUCUUAGAAUCGUUCGGCGAUGAUCCAUCUCUUGGAGAUGUGAAACCACGACUCUCUGCUCUCAGAGUAUCACGAGUUGCACCAGGAGGUCUUGCAGGCAGAGAAAUGAUGCGGCCGUUAAGGAAUGUCUCUCGUCAAGCAAUCAAAGUAUAUCCAGCAAUCAACGCACGAGUGAAAUAUUCACGGCCUGGUAUGUCGCCUACGAAUCCCUCAGUGAUAGCCUCGUUGGAUGUCGAUAUCACACCUUUCGCUGGUUGCGAGAUCAUGCUUACGAAAGUCCAACUCGACGUUACUGGUGGUAGUAUAGAAGACCUCAAUACCGCCCCAGGGAUGAAACUACCUAUCACGGGUCUUCCACAAGACGAUAUCACUUUCCUUUAUCGAAUAACGCCCGAUGAUUUAGAUGUGACGAACAAGACUCUAAUUCGAGCUCUUGAUAUUUCAAUAGCAGCCACCGCAAAUUGGUCUGCAGUCUGCAAACCCCAGAUUUCGAUGAGUUGGACAACCUCUCUUGACUUCACACCCCCAGUCAAUCCGGGCUUCGGUCUCCCCACGCAGCCCAUUCAACGAUCACACCGCCCCUCUCAACUCUCAAUCGGUGGCUCGACCUUUGAAACGGUUCCAACAGUCUCCGCCCUAGCCAGCACUCGGCCAGAUGCUCUCCCAUCUGUAGAUAUCACAACCCGCCAACAGCGCAAUUCGUCCAUACCCGAUUUCGGUGUAACCAUGACCUUCGUCGGCCCAUCCAGCGAGAACCCCAUAUACCCAGGCGUUCCCUUUUUCUGGUCCAUCUUCAUUGUGAACCGCUCCGACCGACCCCGCAAGCUCGCUCUCAUCGCGCUCCCCAAGCGCCGGCGGACCGAGGCCCGUAUCACGCGACCCCCGUCGACCGGCCAUGCCAGGCAACGCAAGGAUCCCAAGAUUGCGGACGCCGUCGUCGACGAGAACAUUGUCUAUGCGAUGCAGCGCAACUCCGCGGUCGAAUCUACCGAUAUCGUCUGUCUAAGCAGCGAUACUCGAGUGGGGCCCUUAGCCCCAUCGUCGUGCUACGAGGUGGAGCUCAAGUUCAUGGCUUUGAAAGUCGGCAUCGUGAGCCUGGAGGCUGUGAGGGUGGUGGAUUUGGGGACGCAAGAGCAUGUGGAUGUUAGGGAUUUGCCGGAUAUAAUUGUAUCCUCACCUCUGAAGGCACAAUGAUAACUACCUAUCAGGGGUUUCCCCCUUUUUUUACACGAGUUGAGCAGCCGGUGUAAAGUAAAAUGUGACUUUUAUGCAAAUACUUCCAAUAUCCCA